UUUACAAUCUUCCAAGGCUCACAAGAGCUCGUAAUUAUCUUGUGGUCUUUCUUUACACUUGGAUAAAGCCUAGGCCCUCGAAAGAAACGUUACGUCACUGUUGAGCAAAGAGUUGAUUUUGGAACGUCCCGCGCGAGAGUGUGUGAACACCCGGAAGGUUCCGUACGAACAUGAACAGCAUCCUUAUAACCGGCUGCAACCGUGGUCUCGGACUGGGACUGGUAAAGGUGCUUGUUGGUUUACCGGCCCCACAACCAACCCACAUCAUAGCAACCUAUCGCGAUCCGCAGAAAUCACAGGAUUUGCUAGCACUAGCUAAACAACACUCCAAUAUUGUUCCUUUGCAAUUUGAUGUGAAAAAUUUCGACCACUACGACCAGUUCGCAAAGGAUGUCGAUGCCCUGUUGCAGGGCGCUGGUUUGAACGUCCUGUUCAACAAUGCCGGAAUCUCGCCAAAAUCGACCCGGUUAAACUUUACCAAGCAGGACGAUAUGGUGGACACGUUCGUCACCAACACGGUCGCACCGAUCAUGAUGACGAAAGCGUUCGUGCCACUGUUGAAGAAGGCAUCCGAGUCCAAUCCGACAGCAACGGUUGGUCCGCAGCGUGCCUGUAUUGUAAACAUGAGCUCGAUCCUUGGCUCGAUCGAAGCCAACCGGGAGGGUGGACUGUACGGGUAUCGGACGUCGAAGGCCGCCCUGAACGCAGCGACCAAAUCAAUGGCUCUGGAUCUGAAAGGUCACCAGAUAAUGGCGGUCGCACUUCAUCCAGGUUGGGUGCAAACGGAUAUGGGUGGAUCGAAGGCACCUCUAACGGUGGAGGAGAGUUGCACCGCCAUGGUGCGCACGGUGCUGGCCCUGAACGAGUCACAUAAUGGAGGAUUUUUGCAGUACGAUGGAAAACCACUGCCAUGGUAGUGUGGAUCGUCUACUCGUUCUACUUUAGAAUGUAGCACAUUGCUGAAACGGUCGCAUUUAGUGUGGAAAUAUACUCGUGAUAAUCUGUUUCCAAGUACCCACGGAAAUUUGAGAUUUAGUUUUCCGACGGGGAGAAACUGGUAUAGAAAUUGCCCAACGUCUCCAAAUCUGGUAUAACGACCGUUGAGUACAGGCAUUUUAUAUUUACACUGGAAAACAAACGAA